AUGCCGCCUCGCACCUCGCUCCCUCGUCGCGCCAAGACAGAGUCGCGGGCGAUGUCUGCGUCCUAUUCCACUCAGUUGUCCCUCCCUCCUGCCCGGCGGACGAAGCUCCUCCACCUGCCGACGGAGACCCUUGACAGAAUUGUCGAGAUUGCCUGGCCAGACCUCGUGUGCAGCGGAGGGCUAGCACCGUGCCGCCGUCUGCAGGGAUCUUACGAUCGACUCCGCCUGGAAAGCAUCGGCGUCGACCUGGAACGACUCGAUUUGUUCGUGGCGGUGCACAAAGGCAGCCCAGCCAUCAGCAACCACUGUCGCCGUCUCGUCAUCUAUUGCCUCCCGAACGACAUGGACGACCAAUUGAAGCACCUCAUCCGACUCCUGCCGAACCUUCAGCACCUCGUCUUCGCUUGUAACGGCGUCGUUGCAAGUCAGAUCAGCAUGCUUCAGCCUGGGAUCUUUCUCCAGCCACCACACCUGCCGAAUCUCCACACCUUGUCCUCGCCCUACAGCCCCUUCGCUUUGCCGGCUCCUCCUCCUGGCACGCCUACCGUUCUCGACCUGUAUCCUCAAGUCCGGUGCCUACAUCUUGGGGUGCGGAACCUCGCAUACCCUCACUCACACGCAACUGCGAUUUGGACAGUACCGCCUAGCAUCAACAAGACCGGCUGUCCGUCUCCGACGCACCUCACGGAACUUGCGAUAUCCUUGAGUUCGCCUUCCUGGCGCAUGGCACACGAGACGGCGCGACUACCCUCUGACAUCAUGCGGCGAAGCCCCUCCCUCGCUCGCCUCAAGCUGACGGACCUCCCGAAUGUUGUCAUGUUAUCGGACCUUCUCGACUCGCUUCCAUCCCCAAGCAACCUGCGAUACCUCCACCUGUCCUUCGAGCUAGACCUCGAUCCUUCUGGCCCAGCAAGCUGGUACAUCGUCAACGAGGGCGAUGAGGAUGGCGUCACCGUCAGGGUCUCCCUCGCCUCAACGAUUCGGCGGCUCUCGGGCCUUGUCAGCCUGACACUCGGCACCGACUGCUCCUGCUUCGACGAGGAGGCAUUGGACGCCCUGCGUGCGCGGGAGCCGCUCUUACGACUCGAACUCGUCGAGGGUUAUGGCGCAUUUGAAGGACCAGACGCCAUCCUGGACGGACUUAUUGCGCUGGGGCCGAAGGCACCGAAGGAGCUCUGCCUCGAGCAUGAGGAAGAUGUGGAGGCGAUGGACGGCCCGACGAUGGCGGACCUCCUGCCAGACGGCGAGGAACUCGAGCUGCACGACUUCCCAUGCGAGGAGGAGGUCUUCGGAGACUGGGUCAUCCCGGAACGCCUUGAGGACAUCAGCGACGUUUAUCGAGCUAUUGUGGAGCACUGCCGUCGAAGGGGAAUCAAGCUGAGCGGCACAGUGAUCAGCAGUUUGGCUGUGAUGGAUAGGCGGGACAGGGCGCGAGAGGAAUGGGAAGAGCUGAGGGAUGACUACUUUCGCAAGAGGGGCAGGUGGCAGAAGCGGCCGAGGUUCGGGGCGGGUGCAACGUAG